AUGACUGCAGACUCUUUUCCCUUCUUACCUGUCGCUAAGUCAUCGUCUCCAUCGCGUCCGCCACUGGCGCUAGACUCGGCAUGUUCCCUCGCGCCUCCUGCGUCCCACCCGCAGGCAGUAGCCAGUUCAACUCGACUCGUCUCAUCCUCCUGCAUUGCUUGUCAGCCCGACUUGACACUUGAAAUGUCGCCCUUGUCCGACUCACCCUCAAUCGCUCCCCAAGCAACAGUCAACCAGUUGAGGCCGCCCACGAGAUAUUAUGGAAUAGGUCCGGUAGGCUGUUGUGCUGUUUGCUUUGGUCAUCUUGGCCCACUCUUCCUUAGUCCGUCUCGGACGCAUAGAUACGCAAACCCGACUUAA